AUGCCUAAUCAGACAAGAGUGGCACAAUUCAUCCUCAGGGGCUUUUCAGAUACCCCAGAAUUGAAAUUUGUGGUCAUCUUAUUUUUCUUGUUUGACUACAUGUUUGUCCUCCUGGGAAACAGCUCCAUCAUCAUAGCAGUGAUCAGAGAAAGCCGGCUCCACUCUCCCAUGUAUUUCUUCCUGAAGAACUUGUGUUUUUUGGACUUGUGCUACACCUCUGUCACCAUCCCCAAGGCCCUGGUGAGCUCCCUCAUGGGCUCUGGGGUCAUUUCCUACCUGGAGUGUGUAGCUCAGCUUUACAUGCUUAUUACACUUGGUUCUACUGAGUGCUUUCUGCUCACAGCCAUGGCCUAUGACCGGUGUUUGGCCAUUUACAGGCCCCUGCUCUAUGCCUCCAGGAUGAGUCAGAAACUUUGUGCUGAACUGGUAAUCAUGGCCUGGGUGGCUGGGGCCCUAUACUCAACCUUCCACACUCUCAACACCUUCUCCCUCCCCUUCUGUGGGCCCAAUAUUGUUGAACAUUUCUUCUGUGACAUUCCUCCGGUCAUGAGACUUUCCUGCUCUGAUUUCCACAUCAACGAGGAAGUGGGCUUUGCUGUUAGUAGCUGUGUCGUCAUGAGUUCCUUUGCCCUCACAAUCCUCUCCUAUGUCUUCAUCAUCUCCACAAUUGCUCGGAUACCCUCUGUGGACGGUAGGUGGAAAGCCUUCUCCACCUGUUCCUCACAUCUAGCCACAGUUAUUUUGUUCUAUGGAACCGGAAGUUUCACAUACUUGAGACCUGCCUCCCAGUACUCCCCAACCCGGGGUCGUCUGGCCUCCACUUUCUACUCCGUUGUCACACCUACCUUGAACCCUGUAAUCUAUUGUCUGAGGAACAAAGACAUGAAAGGUGCACUGCGGAAACUGUAUUGUGGAAAAAAACAUUAA